AUGAAGGAGAUUGAGAUCUUGCAGAAACUCGCCGAAGCAGACCCCGAGGACAAGAAGCACAUCAUCCGUCUCGAGCGCCACUUCGAGCACAAGGGCCAUCUUUGCAUGGUAUUCGAGAACCUGAGUAUCAACCUUCGUGAGGUCUUGAAGAAAUUUGGUCGUGACAUAGGCAUAAACAUCAUAGCUGUGCGCCAGUACGCUCUGCAGAUGUUCCUUGGUCUCACCCUUCUCAAGAAGUGCGAGAUUUUGCACGCUGACCUGAAACCUGACAAUGUCCUUGUCAACGAGAAGCGCAACCAGCUCAAGAUUGCUGAUUUGGGCUCUGCCAUGUCUGCUGACGACAACGAUGUUACUGAUGCCCUUGUCUCUCGCUUUUACCGUGCCCCAGAGAUCAUGCUCGGCAUCAAGCACGAUUAUGCCAUCGACAUGUGGAGUAUUGGCUGCACACUUUUCGAGCUGUACACCGGCAAGAUUUGCUUCACUGGCUCGACAAAUAACCAGAUGCUCAAGGGCAUUCUGGAAUGUCGCGGAAAGAUACCAAACCGCAUGCUCAAAAGAUCAGAGUUCUGGCCCCAACACUUCGAGCCCGAUGGCACUUUCUUGAGCCAGGAACUCGACAAUGUUACUCGUCGAGAAGUGGUACGUCGCAUGAACAUCACUAGGACCGUACCUGCCAAGGAGCUCAAGGCACGAUUGUUUGCCAGUUCUAAGGGGUUGAGCCCCGCGGAUGCCAAAGAGUUGAAUCUCUUUGCCGACCUUCUGGACAAGUGUCUUGCUGUCGACCCUGUGAGAAGGAUCACACCUACAGAUGCUCUCAAACAUCCAUUCAUUUCCCGCCCAGGACCCGUUCCUCCUCACAACAUCAGAUAA